AUGGACGACCCCGGUGUUCUCCAGUCGGCUGUGCGAGUGCCCACUCCUCCCCCGGGCGCGUUGUCACCCAGCGCAGCUUCGCGAAAGCGUUCGCCGCCUUCGAGAUCUCCCCCCCCGAACCGUCGUCGCUCUCCACCAGGGGAUUUUUCCAAAGAAGAUGCUGGUAUCACCGGAGUCGAAUCGGCACGUGCGAUCGAGCGGGAGCGUCAGCUUGCUGAUCGGGUCCGCGAACAUGAACAGCAGGAAGCUGCCCGCAAGCCAUUGACCGAGGAAGAGAAACAAGCCUCCGCAAAGGCCGAGUACGAGAAACUGCUCAACAUGCGAUCGGGUGGUACCUAUAUUCCCCCGGCGCGUCUCCGUGCACUGCAGGCCCAGAUCACGGACAAGACCAGCAAGGAGUACCAGCGCAUGGCAUGGGAGGCCCUGAAGAAAUCGAUCAACGGUCUCAUCAACAAGGUCAAUGUGUCCAAUAUCAAGUACAUUGUGCCGGAACUCUUUGGAGAGAAUUUGGUCCGAGGUCGAGGUCUAUUCUGCCGCUCUAUAAUGAAGGCGCAGGCGGCUAGUUUGCCCUUCACCCCCAUCUACGCGGCAAUGACCGCUAUCGUCAAUACCAAGCUGCCCCAGGUGGGAGACUUACUACUAUCUCGGUUGAUCAUUCAAUUCCGCAAAGCCUUCAAGCGAAAUGACAAAGCGGUCUGUAUUUCAUCGACUACCUUUAUCGCGCACCUCUGCAACACCCAAGUUGCACACGAGAUGCUUGCUGCUCAGAUCCUUCUUCUCCUCCUCCACAAGCCCACAGAUGAUAGCGUGGAAAUCGCAGUGGGGCUGACUCGAGAAGUUGGCCAUCAUUUGGAAGAAAUGAACCCCCCGAUUGCGCUCGCCGUCUUUGACCAGUUCCGCAACAUCCUCCACGAAGCCGAUAUCGACAAGCGAGUGCAAUACAUGAUUGAGGUGCUCUUCCAGGUACGCAAAGACCGCUACAAAGACAACCCUGCGGUGAAGGAAGAGCUCGAUUUGGUGGAAGAGGAGGAUCAAAUUACACAUCGUCUUGGUUUGGAUGAUGAAAUUGAAUCACAAGAUACCCUCAACAUUUUCAAGUUUGACCCGGAGUGGGAAAAACACGAGGAAGCCUACAAGAAGCUAAAGGCGGAAAUCCUUGGUGAAGACAGCGACGAGGAUGAGGACGAGCAAAACGACGAUGACGAGAGCUCGGAAGAGGAAUCGGACGCGGAGGAACAGAAAAUGGACAUCAAGGACCAGAGCAACACGGACUUGGUCAAUCUGCGCCGGACGAUCUAUUUGACCAUCAUGUCCAGUAUCGACUUCGAAGAAUGCUGUCACAAGCUGAUGAAGAUCAACCUUCCGGCGGGACUGGAGCCGGAACUACCCUCCAUGAUCAUCGAGUGCUGCUCCCAAGAACGCACAUUCUCCAAGUUCUACGGCCUGAUUGGUGAGAGAUUUGCCAAGAUUAAUCGACUGUGGUCGGACCUCUUUGAGGCUGCCUUCGCCAAGUACUACGACACCAUUCAUCGGUACGAGACAAACCGUCUUCGCAACAUUGCACGAUUCUUCGGACAUAUGAUCGGCAAUGACGCUAUUGGGUGGCAUGUUCUGUCUGUUGUUCAUAUGAAUGAGGAGGAGACCACUUCAAGUAGUCGGAUUUUCAUCAAGAUUCUGUUCCAAGACCUGGCGGAGCACAUGGGCUUGCCGACUCUGCAGUCUCGUUUCCGCGAUGAGAUUUUGCGGCCAAGCUUCGAAGGCUUGUUCCCGACUGAUAACCCCCGAUACACUCGCUUCUCAAUCAACUACUUCACUAGUAUCGGCAUGGGUGUUUUGACGGAGGAUAUGCGGGAACAUCUCAAGAAUGCCCCGAAACCUGCAUUGCCCGCGUUACCAGCUGGUAGAUCUCCAUCCCGCACGCCGUCUGUUCGCUCCCACCCAGCAUCAUGCUCGACAUGUACCCCACGCUCAUCCCGAUCCCCCUCUCGCUCUCGCUCCCGCUCAUACUCUUAUUCCCGAUCUCCUUCCCGGGACCGGGGCCGCUCUUACUCUCGUUCUAUUACACCAUCGUCCCGUGACCGAAGCAACACACCCUCUCGGUCUCGAUCCCGAUCCCGAUCCCCACCUCGUCGUAGCCGCCGCCAUGGGUCUGACAGUCGGUCCCGGACGCCAUCUGAUCGUUCACGUUCCGUCUCGCGUACACCUCCUCGGCGUACGCGAGCACGCUCCGUGUCUCGUACUCCCAGUCGUAGCCCCUAUAGGGCCCGGCGCUCCGUUUCUCGCUCUGUCACACCGCCGCGACGUGGACGCAGCUACUCGCGAUCAGUUUCCCGUUCGGUGACGCCUAAUCGAGCCCCGGCAUCAAAGGCUGCUACACGGUCGUCUGUAUCUGUAUCAUCUCGCCGAGUACGAGACCAAUCUUCUCACGUGGCAUCGCACACUUCCACCAGACGUAGAGAUGAUUCGCGCCCCAGACAAAACUGUUCCCAGACUCCCCCCCCGACGCCGCUAAGUGAUGGAUCAGCAAGAUGGGGGUUGGAAUCCAUCUACCCACACAGGGAGCAAAAGAACUCAAUGUUAAUUCACGAUUUUUCGCAAUUGGUGGUUUAG